AUAAAAAUCAACUAUGCAUUCAAACAAUUUGAGAAGAGAAAGAAGAUUCAUAGGUUUAUCAGAAUGGCAUGCAUGGAUAGAGUAUCUCCUGCUCUCAAACAAAUACUGCUCAAGCUGUAUCUUGCUGACAAGUCCAUUGAGAUUGAUCAUCACUUAUACGAAUUUGGAUCGAUCGAAUACCAUAUUCAGUCUCAAGCCUCUAAUCCUCUACUAGCCUACUUAUCAAUAUCAAUACCUCCACUUUGCCAUGGAAUCCUGCCAAAUAAUCUUUCACCAUACACCAUCGAAAUGGUAAAGGGAAUUUGUCCUAAUGUAGUGGAGAUCGAAGAACCUGCUAGAGACGGAUUUCAGCUUACUUUGAAGCUUAACCUAUAUCAGAUUCCAAGAAAUAAAGACUAUGUCAAGGUCAUUGGGGAUAUUUCCUCGGUUCAAUCGGUUAUUCUGAGUUCACAGCUGAAAGAAAUAUUGUGGAAUGUGAAUUCUGAUGAUGCGUCUCCGGGAAUGUACAAACCCAUCAAACUAGUUUAUCAUCCGAGAGAACCCUUCUUUGUCAUCAGGCAGCCACAGAGAAUCAUAGCAGUAUUCCCGAUUCGUUUCAGAGAAAAAUCAGACAUCGUUAUUGCAACAACUUUCUUUCAGGAGCUUAUGGAUGUUGGAAACUCAGAUAAAUGGACAAAGACACCCCCUUGCACCUGGUCAGCCAUUCCUCCACCAGAGUUGAGAGGAGAAGCUUUCGAGGAUUUGAGUACCAAUGGAGGGUUUUUCUCUUUCGAUAUCUCUUCUCGGCAUGUUGAAGGCAAGAGGCUAGACAAAACUGUCUGGAAUCUAUUAAACUUUAAUACCUAUGUUAGAAACCAUGUAAAGAGCACGAAAGGUUUCAUUCACAGAAGGAUGAGGAAACGUAUGGAAAAUUUGGUUCAGGUUCUGCACGGAACAAACUCAGAAGAAAACGAACAAGCCAAACAAGUAAAACAACGUCAAGGAUUUAGGUAUACAACAAAACUAGUAAGAUCAUCGAAACACACCAUGAAACAAAGAUGGCGCACAUUGGGAAGAAAAAUCAAGAGAUUUCAUUUCCGACUUAAAAUUCAUGGAUUUACACGAUUUCGUCAACGUUGGUUGAGGUUCCCGAAAUUUUCUUCCACAAAAUAUACAAAACUGGAGUAGAUAUUUUCGCAUUUAUUACUUCUUAUGCAAUACAUGGACUCCAACUACGCGAGAAGAUGCUCAGUGCACUAUUUGAUAGAGUGUGAUGUAUAGUUAUAAACUUUAUCCGAUUUUAAACUACUGGAUUGUAACAAAAAGAGAGUACAUUCAUAUCUCUAGACAAUUUCUGAUUCUGUAAGUUUUCUCCAAAUGCUAUAACUUUCACUGAUUGUAAGUAAA